GCACUCAGCAGUGCUUUUGCGCGCGCCGCGACGCAGCCAAACGGCUUGGGGCUGCCAGCACGCAACUUCACGCCAGUCAAUUUCAUGGGGGAUGACGGCUGCGCCGCGGGCCGGGGCGCGACGCCGUCGGAGAUCGUGUGGGUGCUCGCCCCGGUCAUAGCAAUCGUCUGCGCCAUGGCCUUCUUCGGCGCGCGGCGCUUCGGGCUGAUCGGCGGGCGCCCGGCGGCGGCGGACCGGCGCCCCGAGGCGUUCGCCGCCGACCUGGUCGUCUCGCACCCCCUGAAGGUCAUCGCCCUCAACGUGUGGCUGAUCACUGCGCUGUCGGUCCUGUGUGGAAAUCGAUUGGAUCGUGGGAGGUGAUUUCCACACAGGUCAGUCUCGGCCUUCGUCGACGUCGGCUGCGGCGAGCUGCGCGAGUCCAUCGACGUGCUGCUGGACGUGGACGCCUACACGAAGGCGGACAAUCGCGCGUCGGAGUGGUACUCCGCGUUCGAGGCCGCGAAGGCCGACACGCGGUACUGUACCGGGAGGUUGACGCGGCGGCGCCUCGGGGAGUCGUCCGGCGCCCGCAUCGACACGCUCACGCUGGUGUACCUGCGGAAACCGCUGCACCAGGACGCUAUUCGGUCGCCCGCGCUCCACGACGCGCAGCGGGUCGAGAAGGAUUUGAUCCUCACCGUCUUUGGGGGCCAGGGCUGGCGCGACCACUGCCUCCCCUUGCACUGGAACGACACAGCUUCUUCACGAGUCUGCGCGCCCUGGGCGCGCGACUCGAGCGUUCCCUACUACUGGACGGGCUCGGGACUCACGACGGACUCGAAAUUGCGAGACGUGGAACAGGUCACGACCUGGAUGGCCCAGACGGGCGUCGGCAACGCGUUCUUCUCGGCGAAUUUUGGGACCGUCCGCCCGGGGUCGGAGAUUGUGCGCUCCACGUUCACGUUCUUGGCCACGGACGAGGUCGAGUUCAAGACGUGGCUCGUCGACCACGUCUGGCCGAAAAUACUCCAGGAAUGGGAGACGUCGUCGUCGUCGAUGCGGCUGCUGUGGCUGCAGGGCGACAUCAACGACGCGGAGGUGGCGUCCGCGCUGGGGCUCGACAUGGUGCUUUGCGGCAUCGCGCUGGUGCUUGUGUUCGCGGCGCUCAUCGCGCACAUGCGCUCGCCGGUGCUGGCGAUCGUCGCGAUGGGCCAGGUCCUGGUGUCGAUCCCCGUCGCGCAGUACUUCUACCUGCGCGUCUUCGACGUCUACAUCAUCUACCUGCUGAACUUUCUCAGCGUGUUCAUCGUGGCGGGCAUCGGCGCCGACGACGCGUUCCUGUUUUUCGACACGCUCGCGCAGACCAUGGUCGAGCGGCAGCACAAGCGGGACGGGCUCCGGCGCGUGACGGCGCUCCAAGACUACAAGGGCGACCGCAAGGACGAGCUGAGCUUCAAGACGGGCGACGUAUUGAUCGUCGAAGACGAGGCCGGCGACGGCUGGUGGCGCGGCCGCCUGGCCGUCGGCGUCGGCAAGUUCCCCGCAAGGUACGUCGCGCCCUGCGAGGGGCCGCGGCGUGUCACUGCGAUCGUCGACCGUAGUCCCCGAUGUCGUACGGAAGAGGGCGAGCUCUUCUUCCAGACGGGCGCCAAUAUCCUGGUGGAGGACGACUCGGACGCGACGACGUGGCGCGGGUCCCUCGAGACCGGGGGCGCCUCCGGCCGGUUCCCGGCCGCGAACGUCGUCGGCGGGAAGCGCUACAAGGCCAGGUUCGACUGCGACGCCGACGCGCCCGACGAGCUCGGCUUCUACGAAGGCGACGUCAUCGAGGUCUCCGAUCAAUCGGACCCGGACUGGUGGGUCGGGUCCCUAGUGCACGCCAAGGGCGUCUUCCCGGCGACGCACGUGGCCGCCGACGACGAGACGGAGGCGUUCGACGCCGUCGGGCGCCACGCGCUCGCGGAGGCGUACCGGCGCGCCGGCGCGUCGAUGGCGACGACGUCGGUCACGUCGGCGGCCGCCUUCUAUGCGCUCGCCGUGUCGGAGCUGCCAGCGAUCCAGGCGUUCGGCAUCUUCACGGGCACGCUCAUCAUGGUCAACUUCGUCCUCGUCGUCUCGGUCUUUCCCGCCGUACUGGUCCUCUUCCCGCGCUCGCUGCGCGCGGGCCGCCCGAAGCCGGCGGAGCUUCCCAUCGUGGACGCGGAGAACGCGACGCCGGCGCCCGACCGGCCCCAGAAAGACGUGCUCAACCCCCUGGUCCGGGGCCUCGGCCAGAACGUGCGGAAGUUCCUCGACCGGCCAGCCGUCAAGUACGUGACGAGCUCGCUGCACGCCGCGCAGGAAAAAGUUGGAAGGGGUCUGGACCGCGUGUCCGAGGCGAUCGCGCCCAGCUCGAAACGCGGAAGGUUCCUCGACCGCGACCGCGCGGGAGGCUCGCGGUGGCGCCAGACGCUCCAGGCAGAGGUUGACGCCGGCAAGAUGGGCUGCCUCGACCGCUUCUUUGGCGUGAGCCUACCCGGCAUUCUCGUAAAGCGCGCGGGGCUGAUCGCGGUGCUCACGGUCGCGAUGUUGGUCGCCGCCGCGCUGAGCGUAGGGCUCGUCGCGUCCGUCGACUACGCGCCGCCGCGCUUCUUUCGGCGCGACCACAACCUGGGCCUCGUCUAUCAAAUCCGGGACAAGUACUUCCCGGCGGACGGCGGCGUCGCGACGCUGCUCGGGGAGGCCGCCGGCGACGAAAACUACGAGUACGGUUCAGCGACCCAGCGCGGGACGGGUGGCUACGACGAGACGCAGUGGAGCCCGCAGUGCUCCGACAAGGUCGGCACGAACGGCGAAAUAUGCUCCGGGCACGGCACCUGCGCCCACACGACCGGGUUUUGUCAGUGUUACGACGGCUACAUGGGCUUGAUGUGUGAUUCUCUUGACGAGGAGUACACGGAAUCGCCAGUGUCAUCGCCGCCGACGGUAACGCCCCGCCCGACGCCGACGCCGGUGCCAACGGUCAAAUUCGGCGCACCGACGCCAAGCCCGAACGCGGCGGUCGCGGGCCCGUCGACGACGCCUGCGCCGGCGGCGGGCGCCGCGCCCGCGCCCGCGCCCUCGCCCGCGUCGCCCUCGCCCGCGUCGCCCUCGCCCGGCUCGCCCUCGCCCGGCCCUCCCUCGGGGGAUUCGGGAGGCGGUGCCGCUUCGGUGUGCAGCGAGAACGCGUGCGGCCGCUGCUCGUGCAACUCGAAUGGCUGUCAGACGGCAGAUGGCGCGUGCGAUUGCUUCCCGGACUACCGUGGCGAUAAAUGCGAGUUCUAUUACCCCUUCGACCUCCAGCACACGAUCACGCUAGACGUCGUGCAGGGCGUGCGGUCGCGGCCCGGCCGCCAGUCGGACGCGCAUCCGCACGGCCGACCGCGGUACUGGCGGUCGUACGACUGGUCCAACCCGAACGUGCAGAUCUUCGCGCGCGACGCGUGCGCCGACCACGCCAAACACUCGCAUCUCAAAAUGCGCCGCGAGGACUCGGCCUGUAUUGUUGAAAUAUUCGAAGCCUCCUGGCUCGUCCCGAAGCAAAAGGCGUUGCCGCUCUCGCCGUUUGAGUUCGAGACGGAGUUCCUGGCCUACGUCGACAGCAACCCCACGGUAGGCCUUGGCGGUGACUCGAUCCUCGACUACGUCGGCGUCGACUGCGACGCCGGAGGCGCGCGGACGGUCCGCUGGAUGCGGGACCGAAUCCUCUUGGACGUGCGGCCGGACGCAGCGCUUUCGACGCGCGCCGAGAUCUACCGGAACUGGGUGCGGUACCUGCGCCGCCGCGACCACGGAAAGCCGCACGGCGCCACGCGCUCGGUGCUCUCGUCCAAUAACUAUGUGCUCACGGCGCUGGUCGGCGGCGUCAUCCGCGACACAUUGAUCGGCGCCGCCGUUGCGCUCGCGUGCGCGUACCUCUGCGUCCUCGUCGCGUCGGGCUCGCUCGGCCACACGACGCUCGUCUUCUCGCUGGUCGUCGCCGAGUGCCUCGUGCUCACGUUCACGGUCACGUGCCUGCUGGGCUACGAGAUCGGCAUCAUCGAGGCGGUCUCGAUGCCCAUCUUCCUGGGUCUGUCCAUCGACUACUCGUUCCACGUCGACCACGCCUACCGCGUCGCGGCGCACGACAACCCCAACGCCGAGCCGGCGAGGCUCGUGCGGCGCGCGCUGGAGACCGUCGGCGCUCCAGUCUUCGCGGCGGCGUUGACGACGUUCUCGUCGACGUUCGUCCUCAUCUUCGCGCGGCUCCUGCCGUUCUCGAGGCUUGGCGUCAUCGCGUCGAUCAACACGACCUACGCGGCCCUGACGGCCCUCGUCGUCCUCCCGUGCUUCCUGCACCUGAUGCCGUGCCUCCGGCGAGAGCAGGGCUGUUGGCAACGACCGCGGCCAAAACUACAGAAGCUCGCGCGGCGCUCGCGUAGCCUUCUGCGCAGCCUCAGCCCGGCGCCCCGCCCCCGGACGCGGCCGGCGGAUCUCGAGAUGAAGCUCGUCAAAAUCACGCCCGGCGUAUGAGAUUAAGUGCACCGCGGUCAGAAUAGAACAUACACCUGGGAACACAUAGUUCCAUACGACGGAGGCCCCAUCCAGCCCCCGGCGGCUUGCGGAGGGUACUAGGGUGCCAGCCCGAGG